GCAUCCAUUUGGUAACAAGCGCAGCACGCGGCGGGCAGCCCGAAGAGUCUAGGGAAGCAUGGGCCGCGGCGAAGGAGGACCGGCGGAGAGCGGCUCCGUUCCCAUAGCCGCUAUAAGCGCAGUCGGAGAAACCCUAGCCACUGUGGACGACCUCUGCUCCCAUCUCCACCAGUUCCUCUCUCUGGCCGACCGCGACGUGCUUACCGAGCUCCCCCCUCUCCACCGCGCCCGCGCCUUCCUCGUCCUCGCCCAGGCCGCCUCCACCCUCUUUUUAGUGAAGCUGAGGUGUAGCGGGAUCCAACCGGAUGAUCACCCUAUCAGCAAAGAGUUUGAGAGGAUAAGCUUGUACCGAGAGAAACUGGAGCGAUUUGAUGAAUGGAGUAAAGCUCCUUUGCGGCCAUCGACUAGGUUGAAUUCCCAGGCAGCAACACGUUUCAUUGGGCACUCGCUGCCCAACUUGACUCCAGAGCAGAGGCAAAGUUUGCGGGAUAUUAGUCGAGGGGACUUUGUCAGAAUUAGGCCUUCUGACAAUCAUAGAGCAAAGAAGAAGAGGAAACAGCAAAAACCCGAAAGACAACCUGCUCGUGCUGCUGCACAAGAGUUUCUUGAGAAAGCAGCUCGCGAGCUUCUUGGUGCUGGUGAGCUUGGUUUAAAGGGUCCCUUACAAGAGAUAUCAGACGAAGAGGAUGAACAGAUUGGUUGACUUUCAUUAUCUGUCUUUGAGGAGUAAUCAGCUGCCCGGAGGAUUUUGGAUUGUUGGUUCUUUCAAGCAGUAACUAUGGGUUUGCAUGUUCUUUUGUCAUUUUAUUAUCUCAGACUGCUGUUAAAAGCCAUAUUUUUGUUGAUUUUCUUUCACUGAAGUGGUCAUCAGUGGCGUUGUCAACAUGAAGCUAUAACAAGUUUAACAUAUUUAUGUGAUAAUUCCAGCUUGGAUUUGA